AAGAAGCAAACUCUCGUGUUAGUAGAGAUUAGUAUAGUACUUAAGUAGUAGCACAGUGUUUAUUUUUGUCUAUGAUCUCUAUCUUGAAAGUUAUCACUUCCACACUUGUACUACUACUACUUUUAUUUCAAUAACUGGUCCCACCGACUUUUUUGUCUUCAUUGCAUGAUCUGAGUCUGAUCUCAUCUCUUCUUCUUCUUCUUCUUCUUAUUUUUGCUUUUCAUCUUUCUCUGUCUUCCACUUGCUAAAUCCGCAUUUAAUACCUGGAAGGUCUUCCUGUUUUCUCGUCAAAGUCUACAUUGGUGUUUUACUUUUAGACAAAACUGUGUUUCAACUUUUGUGUGUUGUGUGUGUCCACCCGAAGCAGAAAUCUAAACUCUGAAAAAGGUUUUCUUCUGCUGAGCAUUAAUGGGGGAGAUGCAAGUUGGUGUUGCCACUAUUGACGAUAAGGGGCUUUAUGGUUUGAUGGAAGAUAAACCGGUGGCUUCAUUGAACCCGAGCUUGCAAGUGUCGGUGUCAUUUGGUAGGUUUGAGAAUGAUAUACUUUCAUGGGAGAAGUUCUCUGCUUUCUCACCAAACAAGUACUUGGAGGAAGUUGGUAAGUUUGCAACUCCAGGUUCCGUAGCGCAAAAGAAAGCCUAUUUUGAAGCUCAUUACAAGAAGAUCGCUGAGAAGAAAGCUGAGAUCAUUGAUCAUGAGAAACAAAUGGACAAGAAUGCUUCUUUUAGAUCGGUCGUUACAAAUCAGGGGAGCAUGGAAGGCGAAAUUGAUGAAGAAUGUAAUGGGCAGUUCACUUGUGAAGAAGAUAAGCAUGUGACUGAUAUUGCUAGUGAGGUGAAGGAGGUUAAUGAAGAAACUAUCAUUGUCAAGGAAUGUCAAAGCUCGGUUGAUCAGGUGAAGGAAGAAGUUGACAACAGUCUUGAUAGUCCUAAGCUGGAGAUAGUAGAAGAGGUUGCCCUCAUGGAGGAGAAACCAGAAGAGGUUUUACAAAUUGGAGAGAAAGUUGUAUCAAAUGAAACGAAUGAAACGCCAAUGAAGAAGAUGGAAAUAGAGAAACCCUCAAAACUAACCAAGAAGGAUGUUAAUGUGGUGAUCAACCUUACAAGAAACUCUCCUAAGCCUAAUCAGGUGAGGACAAAACAGACAACUAACAAGAUUGCAACAAGUAAGAAAACUCCACCGAGCAAGGAGUUCAAAAACAUGAUGAAACUAACAAAGAAACCACCAGCAACUAUCUCAAAUGCCUCAACUCCAAGAGUGUACAAGCCAGCUUCAAACACCACUCCAUUGUCUACGGUGAAGAAAGAAAACGUCUCUUCUUCUUUACUAAGAAACAAACAAACCGCUUCAAAGUCGUUGCAUAUGUCUAUGAGUCUUGGUCCAUCUACAUCUGAUCCCAGUUCUCUUACAAGCACUAGAAAGUCAUUGAUUAUGGAGCGAAUGGGAGAUAAAGACAUUGUGAAACGUGCCUUUAAAACAUUCCAAAAGAGUUAUGUCUUCACAAGUUCUGUCGACGAGCAAAAGCAGCUACUUCAACAUCAGAGUCCUGCAAAGGCAACUAGUAUUCCAUCAUGUCAGAAGGAAAAUGGCAGGCCUACAAAAUCAAGUUGCCUGGAGAAGAGAAGUGGUUCUAGUGCUAUUCGUUCUUCAUCUUAUGGACUCAAAAGCAACAACACUGCUGAGAACAAACAAAAGGAGCUUUUCAAAUCUGAUGCAAGACCUGUAGAGAAGACACGCUUGCUGAAGAACUCGAAGGUUUACAAAAGUUCUUUUUUACUUUUUUUACUUAGGAAGCAGGCUGGAGUGAUUGAUGCCAAAACACGGAGGGACUCUCUUAAACCGAAAGCAAAACCCAUGCAGGUUUCUCUUCCUGUACGUUCUUUACCAAAAGGCUCUUCAAAAAAAGUGUUAUGAUUAGUUUCAUCCGUCCCGUUUUGGUGUGAUCUUUGUUAUCAAUGUUGUUAGUUGUUACAUUAGUCUUGAGGUGAAGAGCCAAUGGUCUUUUUGUUAUAUAGAGAAGUUUGUAGUUGCCUGUAUGUAAUAAUACUAGUUGCCAUUACAAAAUGUAUUUUCUAGAAAACUCGAA